AUGGAAUCUAGAGACAAUUCGGUGAGAUGGAUUCUAGAGGGUCUCGAGGUUGAAAAAACCGAUGACGACAUCUCCAUUCAUAUCGAAACAACUCCGUCAUCUACAAAGGUAAUAAGCUCGGUUAAGCAUGGAAACCGUCCUAAGAUGUCUAGAACACAAUCCGGAGCUGAAAGGGGAUUCAAGAGUAUAAGAUUCCUCGAUAUGACAGCAGGUAAGGAAGGAGACGGUUGGAAGAAGAUCGAGAAACAGUUUAAUCUAUUUGCAGUUCAAGGACGACUCUCCAAAGACAUGUUUGGAGCCUGCAUUGGAAUGAAAGACAGUAAGGAAUUUGCUGGAGAAUUGUUCGAGGCAUUGGCAAGGCGCAGAGGAAUCGAUGUUGAAGAAGGAAUCACAAUUCAAAACAUGAGAGAAUUCUGGGAAGACAUGUCUAAUAAAGAUGUUGAUGCCCGUCUCCAAAUUUUCUUCGACAUGUGUGACAAGAAUGGAGACGGGCAGUUAUCGGAAGAAGAAGUCAAGGAAGUGAUCAUAAUGAGCGCAGCCGCAAACAAGCUGUCGAAUUUCAAGCAACACGCAGCAACUUACGCAAGUUUAAUCAUGGAAGAACUCGACCCAGAUCAAUUAGGCCACAUAGAGAUGAGACAGCUCGAGAUUCUACUGAGGGAGAUGGUAGGAUCCACUUCCGUCGAGAGCAACAAAGACACCAUCGCCAGGAGAACGAAAACGCUGGCGAGAACCAUGAUUCCCAGACGAUACAGAACUCCGGUCAGCAAAUUCUUCUCGAUUGCUAAGGAAGCAAUUCAAGAUAAUUGGAAGAGGGUAUUGAUUCUUACAUUUUGGUUGGCCAUAAACAUAGCCCUGUUCAGUUGGAAGUUCAAUGAAUACCGGCAUAAAGGGGUGUUUGAAGUCAUGGGUUAUUGUAUCUGUUUCGCCAAAGGUGCUGCCGAGAUUCUCAAGUUCAACAUGGCUCUUAUUCUCUUACCUGUUUGCCGAAGAACACUAACGACUCUUCGCGAGACGUUCCUUGGACGUUUCGUUCCUUUCGACGAUAACAUCAACUUCCACAAGAUAGUUGCUCUUGCUAUUGUGAUCGGAACGUUUAUUCAUACGCUGAUGCAUGUGACUUGUGACUUUCCGAGAAUAGAAUCAUGCUCACCGAUCAAAUUCAAUAGGAUUCUUGGGCCUGCGUUUAACUACAAGCAACCUAGUUACGAAGAGCUUCUUGAGAGCAUUCCGGGUGUAACUGGCGUUCUUAUGAUUAUUCUGAUGAGUUUUAUCUUCACCUUGGCUACCCAUUCAUUCAGGAGGAACGUCAUAAAAUUGCCAUGGCCCUUGCACCAUUUGGCUGGAUUCAAUGCCUUUUGGUAUGCACAUCACUUGCUGGUCAUCGUCUAUAUCCUUUUCAUCAUUCAUGGAUACUUCCUGUUUCUCACCCACCAAUGGUACAAGAAAACGACAUGGAUGUAUGUGGCAGUACCUAUACUUUUGUAUGCUGGCGAGAGAAUCCUUCCAUCUGUCAAUGAUAAAGAUCAUCGUGUUACAGUCAUCAAGGGUAUAGUGUACAGAGGAAAUGUCUUAGCACUGCACAUGAGCAAGCCUAAAGGAUUCAAGUAUAAAAGUGGGAUGUAUCUCUUUGUCAAGUGCCCAGAUAUAUCUGGUUUUGAAUGGCACCCGUUCUCCAUCACUUCUGCACCAGGAGAUGACUAUUUGAGUGUUCACAUCCGUGCAUUAGGUGACUGGACCAAUGAACUGAAGAAUCGUUUUGAACAGGUUUGUGAAGCUUCGACUGCACAAGAAAGGAUGGGGCUGGUCAGAAUGGAAACUAAAGCAUUUACUGGCUUAAACUUUGAAGAGACACAAGAAGGGUAUCCAAGAAUUUACAUAAAAGGGCCCUAUGGAGCCCCAGCACAAAGCUUUGAGAAGUACGACAUUCUUUUGCUCGUUGGCCUGGGAAUUGGAGCAACUCCUAUGAUUAGCAUAAUCAAAGAUAUCCUCAACCAUGUCAAAUCAAGUGGCGUGGACCCAGAAAUGGAACAUGCUCAGCCAUCAGAAGACAACAAAAGUGGACCAAAAAGAGUAUAUUUCUACUGGGUGACAAGGGAACAAGGAUCAUUUGACUGGUUCAAAGGAGUCAUGGAUGACAUAGCAGACUAUGAUCGCGAUAAUAUAAUAGAAAUGCACAGUUACUUGACUAGUGUAUAUGAAGAAGGAGAUGUUCGAUCUGCUCUCAUCUGUUUGGUGCAAUCCCUCCAACAUGCUAAGAAUGGAGUGGAUGUCGUUUCAGAAAGCCGGAUAAAAACACAUUUUGCAAGACCCAAUUGGAGAAAGGUGUUCACUCAAUUGUCAACUGCACAUGCGGCCUCACGAAUUGGUGUAUUCUACUGUGGAAGUGCUACACUUGUUCAACAAUUGAAGGAUCUCUGCCGAGAAUUUAGCCAAAACACAAGCACCCGCUUUCAGUUCCACAAAGAAAACUUUUAAAAAUAACAUAUUUUUUUUUUGUAGCAUAUUAUUUGCAUAUUUAGCAAUUAUUUCUGUAGGUAUGCCU